AUGUUUCAUCAGUUUGGUGUAAAUCAGUCCGACCGCAAUGCCUUGAGAUUCUUGUGGUGGGAUGAGGGUAACCUUGAUAAAGCCCCUACUGAAUACCGCAUGUGUGUCCACCUAUUUGGAGCAACCUCGUCUCCCGGUACUGCUAACUUUGCUCUCAAGGCCGUCGCAGAUGAAUUUGAAUCAAAGUAUGGAGAAGCAGCUGCUGAAUUUGUGAGAUCCUCUUUCUAUGUUGAUGAUGGAAUUGGUUCUGUCGACCACCCAGAUGAAGCCAUAACCCUGUUACCCAACACCGUAGCACUCUGCGCAGAAAGAAAGCUCCGUCUCCACAAGAUAGUGUACAACGAUCGUCGUGUUCUUGAAUCCAUCCCAGUAUCUGAGAGGGGGAAAAGUAUUCAAUCUCUAGACCUCCAGCAUGAUGAACUGCCGAUUGAGAGAACCCUUGGUAUGGUAUGGCAUGUGCAGUCCGAUACAUUUAAGUUCACUAUAGAUUUGAAGGACAAACCUCUUAGCCGCCAGAUGAAUGUGCCGCAUGCAAGCCACAUGGGUGGCUCCUGGGAAAGAAUGAUUGGAACCGCUCGUAAUGUACUAUCAGCAUUACUGAUGAACCAUGGACAACAACUGGAUGAUGAACUGCUCAGGACACUCCUUACAUAA